UUCUGAUUUUUGAUCUGUUUUUUUCUCUUGUUUUUUUUGUUGAAUUUUUUUUUUGUUAAAUUUUGUUUUUCGUGUGUGUCAAAAUGCUGCUCAGAAAGAUAAUGAAUCGUAAUCGUCAAGAAACAAAUGUUUCUGCUGGUGAUUUACCACCCCCGCCACCACCACCACCAUCAAUAACAAAUCCAAUCAUACAACAACAAUUACAAACACAACCAUUACGUAUAAAAACAACAUCAAUAUAUUCUGAUUAUAUAAUGACCGAUAAUGUUUUGGGUUUGGGUAUUAAUGGUAAAGUUAUUGAAUGUCGAUCGAAAAUGACUGGACAAAAAUAUGCAAUCAAGGUACUUCGUGAUAAUACCAAAUCAAGACGUGAAGUUGAAUUACAUUGGCGUGCUAGCCGUUGUAAACAUAUUGUACCUGUUAUUGAUGUUUAUGAAAAUGUAAUUAAAUCGGAUAAAUGUUUAUUUGUUAUUAUGGAAUGUAUGGAAGGUGGUGAACUAUUUCAACGUAUACAGGAUCGUGCUGAAAAUGCAUUCACCGAACGUGAAGCAGCCGAAAUAAUGAGAGAAAUUUGUAAAGCAAUUCAAUUUUUACAUUCAUUAAAUAUUGCUCAUCGUGAUGUUAAACCAGAAAAUCUUUUAUAUACACGUAAAGAUCAUACAGGGAAAUUGAAAUUAACUGAUUUUGGUUUUGCAAAAGAAACAAAUAGUGCAUUACAAACACCUUGUUAUACACCUUAUUAUGUUGCACCUGAAGUACUUGGUCCAGAAAAAUAUGAUAAAAGCUGUGAUCUAUGGUCAUUAGGUGUUAUAAUGUAUAUUUUAUUAUGUGGUUAUCCACCAUUUUAUAGUAAUCAUGGUUUAGCAAUAUCACCCGGCAUGAAAAAACGUAUACGUGCUGGUCAAUAUGAUUUUCAUGAUAAUGAAUGGCGUCAUGUUUCAAAAGAUGCCAAAGAUCUAAUUAAAGCAUUAUUAACAACUGAUCCAGAAAAACGUUUAACAAUUGAACAGGUUAUGAAACAUAAUUGGAUUGCUAGAUAUACCGAAGUACCACAAACACCAUUACGUUCCAUACAAAUAUUACGUGAAGAUCAAGAUCAAUGGCCAGAAAUACAAGAUGAAAUGACACAAGCAUUACGUACAAUGCGUGUUGAUAUUGAUCCAAGUGUACGACUUAAAACAUUGGAUACAAUUAGUAAUCAAUUAUUGGAAAAACGUAAAAAUCGUACAACACCAACACCAAAAUCUACACAUCCGAUUGCAUAAAUUGAAAUACACAUUUUUUUCUCUAUCAUAUUAGCAUAUCUAUUAUGUAUGUUUUCAUUCAAAAUUCAAUUGAUAAUCGAUUUUGUUUGUUUGUAGCAAAAAAACAAAACAAAAUGUCAAACCAUGUUCAACAACAA